AUGCGGGUUGUAGCUUUAGCUGCAGUCGGCGCAGCGACGGUGCUGUGGUGGUCGCAGUCGCGACGGAGGCGGGCCAGUGUUCGUGAGCAGUACGAGGAGCUUGCAGGUUCGUACAACGAACGGUGGGCGGCAUAUGUCCAGGCGACACUCAACGCGUUCAUGUCCUGCGCGUCCGAGCCGCUCCGCGACCUCACAGCCGGAGAUUGCGUGCUGGACGUCGGGACGGGCACGGGUGCCGUGCCACGAGCAAUCUUGCGCAGCUUCCCGGGGCUCAAACUCUCAGCUGCAGACCUGAGCGAGAGCAUGAUUGAGACGGGGAGGCACGAGUGCCCGGCCGUCGACUUUGUGGUUGCGCCAGCAGAAAGCCUGCCCUUCGCAUCCGGCAGCUUCGCUGCUGCCACCACGCUCUCCUCCCUCCACUUCUGGACAGACCCGGAGAAGGGGCUCAGGGAGAUGCACCGCUGUCUGAAGCCUGGAGGCCGGGUGGUGCUGAGCGACUGGUGCCACGAUUUCGUGGUGUGCAAGAUGUGCGCCUGGUACCUCUGGCUCACGCCAGGCCACUCCAAGGCGGACUGGUCCAUUCUGACGAGUCGCGAUGUGAACGGGAUGCUGACCAAGGCGGGAUUUGUCGACGUCGCCUUCACCACCUACAAGGUCGACGCGCGCGUCUUUGGCCGCUGGUGGUUGCCGCGCUGGGGCAUGAUGGCCUUUGUGGCGCGGAAAGCCGAGCAAGGGAGCUGCGCCGUGGGCCGCGAUUCGCGCGAAGGGAGGAAGCGAGAGCGAGAGUGA